AUGCGGUCGUGCUUUAGCUGUGGGGAGGAUGGGCACAUGGCGAGGGAGGAUGGGCACAUGGCGAGGGAGUGUCCGAAUGCGGGAGGAGGGAGAGGUGGGAUGGGUGGGGGCGGGGAGGAGGACGAGGAGGAGGCAGAGGGGGGGCAGGGCGGGCAGAGGCGGCUUGAGCUGAAGGAGUCAGGGCACGGGCAGUGGGGCGAGCAGGGCAAGAGCUAUGAGCUUGUGUUUGACGGGGACGAGGAGGGGGGUGGUAGGACAGAGGGAGAAGGGCGGAGGAGUGUGCAUGCAGGGGUGGCGAAGAGGAGGGGGGAGGGCGAGGGAACGAAGCGUAGAGAAAGUGCUGCUGGCAGCGUGGAUGUGGCUGCUCUCACUGCCGACGCCCUUGCUCGCGCCCGGGCGAUUGCUGCUCGGGUGACUGCAGGGAGAGAGGAGCGAGGGGGUGGAGGAGAGGAAGGAGCUGCACGUGGUGCGAGUCCGAGGAGGGAUGGAAAGAGAGAGAGGAAGAGGAGGUGGGAUGCGGAAGGAGAGGGAGAGAGAGGAGCGAGCCGUGGUGGAGAGGCAGAAGAGGAGAGGGGGGGUGUGAGGAGGGAGAGGGAUGCAGAGAAGGGAAGACAGCGGAACGAUGCAGAGAAGGGAAGACAGCGGAAGGAUGCAGAGAAGGGAAGACAGCGGAAGGAUGCAGAGAAGGGAAGACAGUGGAAGGAUGCAGAGAAGGGAAGACAGCGGAAGGAGGACGAGAAGAGUGUGAAGGAGGCUGAGGAGGGAAGGAAGAAGUGGGAAAGGAGAGACGUAGAAUUGGAUAGAGAGCAUGAGGAAAUGAUGAGGGGGAGGAGAGGUGUCAAAUCUGUGAGGGUGGACGAUGGGAAGAGAGGGCGUGGCGGGGCUUCUGACAGCGAGGAGGAGGAGCAUCGGGGACAAAUGGAGGAGAGGCCAGGGAGGCCCGAUGCAGGCAGUGGGGACAGGCGGCGUGGGCACGAUGGGCAUGGCAGAGAGGAGUACCGCUGGAGGGAGGAGGACCGUGAGAGAGGACGAGGGGUUGACAGGAAGAGGAGAGACGAAGAGGGAGGAAUGAGAGUGAGGGGUGGAGAGGGGAGAAGAGGGAAGGAUGAAGAGGAGCAUGAGGAGGGAGGCAGAAGGGGAAGGCAUAGUGGGUAUUCAAGGGAUGAAGUUGUGAGUCCAGGGAGGGAGAAGGGGAGGAGUGAGAGGAGGGAAGCAGGCGGGCAUGAGUCGACAAAGUGGCGUGAUAGUGAGCGGAGGUGCAGAGACGAGGACAGGGAGGUAAAAAGGAGCAGGGAGGAGAGCAGGGAGGAAAAAUAUACAAGGACAGAAGAGAGCUUUGAGGGGCGGAUGAUCAGAGAUGUGAGCAGGGACAGCAUGAGGCACAGCAGGGAAGGGCAUGGCAUCCGGCAUGAAGGCGAGAGGAGCGUGAGGGUGGAUGAUUGGGAGGAUGUGCCCCGGGGGGUGAGACAAGAGAGGAGAGGUGGAAUUGAAGAGAGUAAGGAGCGAGGGGAUGGACGAGGAGGAAGGAGACAGGACAACCGGGGUGAGGAAAGGAGAGCAAGGGGAUGA